UUUGUGCGCCGGCGCACGUUUUGUGACUAAAGCGGAAGCAACAAUUGAACGUUGGGACAACGUGAUAUGUGUCUGACAGCAGAGUCUGCUGAACACUGAGAUACUAGUAAAGUUUUUACUCAUCGUCAUUCGUUUAAUUUAACGAUCUAUUAAAACGUGUAGUUGAAAGGAUGGCGCUGAAUAAAUCCAUGCAUCCCCGAAACCGUUAUAAGGAUAAACCUCCAGACUUUGUCUAUCUAGCCUCAAAAUAUCCAGAAUUUCAAAAGCACGUGGAAACUACGUUGACCGGGAGAGUGACGUUGAACUUCAAGGACCCAGAGGCGGUGCGAGCCCUCACCUGCAUGCUAAAAGAGGACUUCGGCUUGACCAUCGAGAUCCCUUUGGAACGGCUCAUUCCUACCGUCCCGCUCCGCCUUAACUAUCACUGGGUGGAGGACCUGAUUGGGGGCCAGGGGAACCCACGGAGAGGCAUCGACAUUGGUACCGGCGCCUCCUGUAUUUACCCCCUCUUGGGAGCCACUAUGAAUGGCUGGUUCUUCCUCGCCACAGAGGUAGAUGACAUCUGCUUUAAUUAUGCAAAGAAAAACGUUGAGCAAAACCACCUGGCUGAGCUCAUUAAAGUGGUGAAGGUGCCCCAGAAGACUCUGCUAAUGGAUGCACUAAAGGAAGAGUGCAUCGUCUAUGAUUUCUGCAUGUGCAACCCUCCUUUCUUCGCUAACCAGUUGGAAGCAAAGGGGGUGAAUUCGAGAAACUCCCGCAGACCUCCGCCCAGCUCCGUCAACACAGGGGGGGUGACCGAGAUCAUGGCUGAGGGUGGAGAAUUGGAGUUCGUGAAAAGGAUCAUCCAUGACAGUCUGCAGCUAAAGAAAAGACUUAGGUGGUACAGUUGCAUGCUGGGAAAGAAGUGCAGCCUGGCGCCUUUGAAAGACGAGCUGCGGAAACAAGGGGUGUCCAAAGUCACACAUACAGAGUUCUGUCAAGGUCGGACCAUGCGCUGGGCCCUGGCAUGGAGUUUCUAUGACGACGUACCUGUGCCUUCUCCCCCAUGUAAGAAGAGGAAACUGGAGAAGGCUCGUAAGCCCCUCACCUUCACUGUGCUGAAGCCCACUGUGGCAGAACUGCAGACCCAGGCAUCCAGUAUUGGCUGCACAGACCCCAGCCCCACAGAAAGUGUCUGUGCCUGGCUGGAAAAGAUAUUGACAGACCUGAAGGUGCUUCAUAAGCGUGUACCUUGCGGAGAGGCGGAGCUUAGCCUCUUCCUGACAGCGGUAGAGAACACCUGGGUCCAUGCACGGCAGAAGAGACGAGAACAGGGUCGGCACCUCCGGGAGCUCCCCAGAGCGCAACCUCCCUCCAGCAGGGAUACCACUGCUCCAUCUGCCUCCAGCACAGACACUCUGCCACCAACCCCAGAGGAAACAUCAGCAGAGAACAGCACUGAUCCUCAACACAGCAACGGGAAAGAAACUGAUGAACAGCACCAACCAGAGAAACAUGCUGACGUUCCAAUGGAAUCAACCUCCAAAGAGGAGGCGCCCAUUAGCUGUCCUCAAAACACUGAGGCGGUACAACAAUUCCUCUUUAAGUGCUUGGUGAACGUGAAGGUGGAGGAGAAUGAUGUGGUGGUGGAGAUGCAUUGGGUUGAGGGGCGAAAUAAAGAUCUGAUGAAUCAGCUCUGCACAUGCUUGAAGAACUCUCUCUUCAGACAGGUAGCCAAGCCCACCUAACCUCCCUAUGGGCUGUGUUCUGUUAAACCUUCACCACAUAUAACCCCAGCCAUUCUGCUGUGAACAAUAUUACUGCUAAAGCUGCUAAGUUCCAAAACCAACAGAUAUUUUUUUAUUUGCCACGAACAAUGCUGUUUUCAGCCAAGUUUAACAUUUUGCUACGUUUGUAAUAAACUUGUUUUAAGUA